GCAGGGGUCCCAAUACUUUUGGUAAUAUAUUAUAUGUUCUUUGGAGUUAGGGGCCACACUAUACACAGUCAGGUUCCUUGAUAGGGCAUUGUGGACCACAUGUAAUUCAAAAAUGUGAUUUUAAUAUUUAAUGCAAUGUAACCUUUACAAAAAUGUAUUCCAAGAACAGAUUAUUGAGUGGGAGUAUAUAGAAGGACACAAGCAUUUCUUCAAUGACGUCAUGACGGAGAAGCGGCCGCCCCUCACAUCACCGGAUGGAUCCAGUAACGGGAAUACCCCAGAGAGAUCUCCCAGUCCUUCAUAUUCCAUGGACUCCACACAGGAAGAUCAGGAGAUCCCUCAGGAUGAGCAGAAUUUUGGCCUGGUUGUGGUUAAAGUCGAAGAGGAUGAAGAGACAUAUAUGAUGGGUGAAGAUCCGUUCAAGGAGGAGGAUGAAAUCCCUCCAGAGGUCGGCACAGCAGACGAAUCCGAUGACAUAAAUACACCUGACAGAUGUCCGAGUCCUCGGAAUUCCCAGGAUUUGACCCCAGAACAUCCCAGCACUCCACACAGCAGUGAUCAGGAAGAUACUCUGAUUAAAGUUGAAGUGAAAGAAGAAGAAGAUGAUGAAGAGGCAUCUGUUAGUGAUGAUGAGCCAUCUAAGGGGGAAGAAAUUUCUCCAGAGACCAGCACAGGGGGUGAAGCAUCCUCAUCUUUUGACUCCACCUCUGACCAAAGAGCUCAAACACAGCCAUAUUCUUGUUCUGAGUGUGCUAAAUGUUUUUCUCGGAGAGCCUAUCUAAUUAGACACCUGAGGACCCACACAGGGGAGAAGCCGUAUUCCUGUUCUGAAUGUGGGAGAUGCUUUGCCCAGAGUCAAGACCUUAUCGCACACCGCAGAACCCACACCGGGGAGAAGCCGUAUCCAUGUUCAAAGUGCGGAAAGCGUUUUGCCAUUAAAUCCACUCUUGCCAGGCAUAAGAAAGUUCAUACGGGAGACAAGCCGUAUUCCUGCUCCGAGUGCGGAAGACACUUUAGAGAAAAAUGGAAUCUUCUUAUCCACGAGAGGACUCAUGCACCUAGUAAGCCAUUUUCCUGUUCAAAAUGUGGAGAAUCUUUUAACCGGAGAGCAAACUUUAUCUCACACCGAAGAUCUCAUGCAGGAGCGGGGACACAUUCCUGUCCUGAGUGUGGGAGAUCUUUUUAUUUUAAAUCACGUCUUGUUGCACACCAGAGAACGCACUUGAGGGAGAAGCCAUAUAAAUGUUCUAAGUGUGGGAAAUGCUUUAAUUGGAAAACAACUCUUCUCAAACAUGCAAAAGUUCACUCGGAGGAGAAGUCGAAUUCUGAAGGUGAGACAUCUGUUACACAGAAACCAUCUACUGAUAAGCAGCAACAAUCUCAAUCGGCUGAGAUGAGAUUUUCAUGUUCCGAUUGCGGGAAGCGCUUUCCUUUUAAAUCCCGACUUGUCGCUCAUCAGAGGGCUCACACGGGGGAGACGCCGUAUUCCUGUUUAAGAUGCGGGAAAAGGUUUUGUUGGAGAUCGGGGCUUGUCAAACAUGUAAAAGUUCAUGCUGGGGAGAAGCUGGAUCCUGAACAAGAGUUGGCCCUUACACAGCGAAAAUCUUCUAGAGAUGGGAAGCCGUUAUCCUGUUCUGAGUGUGGGAAGUGUUUCUCCGCUAAGUCUCGUCUGCGUGUACAUCAGAGAUCUCACACUGGAGAGAAACCAUAUCCUUGUUCAGAGUGCGGUAAAUGUUUCUCUGCUAAGUCACGCCUUGUUCUACAUCAGAGAGCUCACACGGGGGAGAAGCCAUAUGCAUGUAUGGAAUGCGGAAAGUGUUACGUAGAUAAAUAUCUCCUUCAGCGACACCAAAAAAGCCACGUUGUUGUUAAACCCUUUUCAUGUUCUCAGUGUGGGAAACGUUUCUUACAGAAAUCCACUCUUGUCAAUCACGAAAAAUCUCACUCUGGGGACAAACCGUAUCCCUGUGGGGAAUGCGGAAAGUUUUUCCUUAUAAAAGAAAGACUGAUUAGACACCAGAUGAGUCACACAGGGGAAAGACCGUUCCCAUGUCCUGAAUGCGGCAAGUGUUUUAUGCAGAAAUCUGAUUUUGUUAAACAUUUUCGAUCUCACACAGGGGAGAAGCCGUUCUCAUGUUCUGAAUGUGGAAAAAGUUUCUCUAGAAGAGACAGACUUAGCAGACACCGAAUGAUUCACACCGGGGAAAGGCCAUACUCGUGUUCUGAAUGCGAGAGAAGUUUUAUACAGAAAGCUGAUUUUACUAAACAUCAGAGAUCCCACACGGGAGAGAAGCCGUUUGCAUGUUCGGAAUGCGGAAAAUGUUUUUCUUUAAAACCCUCUCUGAUCAAACAUGAAAGAAUUCACACUGGGGAGAAGCCGUAUUCAUGUUCCGAAUGUGGAAAAGAAUUUAUUGACAAAAUUACUUUUAGCAGACAUCAAAAGAGCCACAUAAGCGAAAAGCCUUUUCCAUGUUCUCAAUGUGGGAAAAGUUUUUUGUGGAAGUCGACUCUUUCCAAGCACCAAAAAACUCAUGCAAAGGUGAAAUCGUAGGCCGCGUACACACGAUCAGUCCAUCCGAUGAGAACGGUCUGAAGGACCGUUAGCUUCAUCGGUUAACCGAUGAC